AUGAAGUGGUCGUGGCCCGCUGCCAAGAAGACACCGAGUGACAUGGAGAAGGUCGCCCCCGCGCUGUCACUCAAAGUUGUUGCAUGCGGCAAGGAGUUCGUCAUUCCCGUUGACGCCACAACACGCGUCGGGUCGCUGCGCACGAGCAUUGCCGAGAUGGCAGCGCCAAACGCCUCGCAGCGCGGCGUACCGUCGGCGCUCUUCCUCGGCGACAAGGCGCUGCCGGAGAGCAUGCGAGUGAGCAAGCUGCCGCUCGGUGCUGUCGUUCACCUGCACUUCGGCGCCGACGCCGUACAGACGGGCGGUUGCGGCGACGUGGUGGAUGCGAAGUGCCGCUCGCCGUCGAGCUCCAUCUCCCCGCCAAGCGCCGCCGCCAACUCCAACCGCACGUCGCUGUCCCCGAGCCUGUCGCCGCCGGCCGUCGCGACGUCUGCGCAGUUCCUCACCCCCACCGCGCGCCCCUCCGUCACACUGGUGUCUCCAGAGUACGUGCUGCUGCAGGAUGGUCGCUGUCCGCGAUGCGGCGACACCAUCCCCCAGACGGUCCUGCUGCCUCUCUCUCCAGUGAUGCUGUCGUCAGCGGUGACGGCAGACCUCGCGUCGAUACAUGGCAUUUCUCCAGUUGUGCAGCAGCGGCCGCUGCUGCGGGAUGGCAGCACGGUGUCUGCCGCGCUGGCGUCCGUACCGCUCUCCCCAUCACAGGAGGAGGCGCGGCGAGAGCCGUCUUGUGAGGUCCCGAACGCUGCGGACGUGCAGCUUCAGAGAAUGGUCGCGAUGCACGCCGAAGCGGCAGCGGCGCCGGAGGAGUACAUGAUCAUCACGGUGGACUCGACCCGGGACGCAAAUGAAGCCGCCCACCUCGUGGAGUCAUUUGCCUCGCCGGCGACCUCCACCUCCCGCCGGCUUCGCGUUCGCCGCAGCUAUCCCGUUGGAACGCUGCGGGAACUCUUCAGCCUGGACGUCUCCCAGGGCAUUUUUCUCGACGGCGCACCCAUCGCCAAUGAGGAUGCGUCGUUCGAAGCGUUGCGUGCCACAUCGAAGCAGCACUUCAGCUUUCGCGCCACCUCCCCGCCAGUGAAGUCAAGUGCGGGGCGCUCCACACCCUCGCCAGAGGCUGUUGCUCCGCUGAGGGGCCGAAAUGACAAGGCACGCCACACCAGCGAGCACACCGCCGCAAAUGGGACGGGCGAACCAAGACCCGGGGCUGCCAGGAGGCAGGUGAAUGACCCAAUGAUGUACGAUCACUGUCAAGAAAGCGAUGACACAAGCGCAAGCGACUGGGAGAGUGACACGGCCACACGUGUUCACACCUCAAGGCGAAGGGGGUACCGGAGCGUGGAUGACGUUGUCCCAAGCUGUGCAGAGAAUAAUGCGGCUCCGCGCCCAGUCAGCACAGAGCACAGGGAAAAGGGACCACAGCAGAAGCGGCAAGAUGAUGGUAUCGUCGAGAGUGACGUGGAGAAUGCCAAGGUGCUGCGCUCGCGCGACCCGAGGCGACGGGAGGAGAGGGCACGAAGACAGAAGCAGCAGGAACGCAUGCCGCCGCCGCAACGAUACGAUGAAUCCGUUGAAAGUGACGUGGAGAAUGUCAAGGUGCUGCGCUCGCGCGACCUGAUGCGGCGGGAGCAGCGGGAGCAGCGGCCGCGGCAGCAAGAGCAGCAGCAGCAUCAGCAGAGAGACAAGGCUCUUGGGACUGGCGUGGGGACUGCCAAGGCUAUGUGGCUGAACGACUCAAGGUGGCGGGAGCACAGCGAGCGGCAGCAAAAGGACAAGGCUCCUGAGAGUGACGUGGAGAAUGCCAAGGUCAUGCACCCGCACAAGCAGCAGCAGCAGGAGGGUGAGACUGUUGAGGGGAGCGUUGCAGCCUCGGCCCCUGACGGCAAGGAACAUCGGGAGGACACGCUGCCGCAGCAGCAGCAGCAGCAGCAAGAAAAUGGGAAUACUGAGAGUGACGCAGAAGAGGUCAAGGUGCUGCGCUCGCGCGACCAUAGGCGGCGGGAGCACAGAGCGCGCCGGCAAGAGCAGCAGCGAAGGGAUAAGGCUCCUGAGAGUGACGUGGAGAAUGCCAAGGUCAUGCACCCGCACAAGCAGCAGCAGCAGCAGGAGGGUGAGACUGCUGAGGGGAGCGUUGCAGCCUCGGCCCCUGACGGCAUGGAACAUCGGGAGGAUACGUCGCAGCAGCGGGACGCCAUUCUUACGAGUGAAAGCGAAACUCUCGUCUGGUCGAGCGAUCCAGCGAGGCAGAGCAAAAGGAGGAGCAAAGGAGGCCCCACCGCGAAAUCCAAGGGGCGUUCGGACUCAAAAGACACUCAAAGUUCCACUCGGUGUUCGUCAGCGACUGGGCAGGACUCCGACGCGAGCAGCACCAGCAGCAGAUCGCUGAGAGCGCUGCGGCAGACUCUUUCUUCCGUUGGACAGCGUCUCAAACAAAAGGGGAGGGAUGCUGCUGCUGCUGUUUCUUCCAUGAGUACCCGAAGGCGAGCCCGCGACGACUCAAAGCCGGUCUCUUCCCACACGCUCCGUGGGUACGGGUUCGACGAGGAGGAGGUGCGCGUCACAGGGGGCGAGCCGAUGCUCUCCACGAGGAGUCGCUCGCCGGUGGAGGCUCCCUCGCAAGGAGGAGGCGAGGACUGGGGAAGCGCCCUCGAGAAGCCACUCCCGGUGCCGCCGUCGCUGCUCCCGGAACCCCCUAUUCUGCCCAACGCGGCAACCAACGACGUGCCCGCCCCGUCGACCACACAAUGCUGCCCCCCGUGCGUGUCCAACGACGGUGGCCGUGCGUCACCCGCGAAGCUGCCGUCCCACAACGCGACGGAGACGCGGGCGGCCACGCCGCACUCUGAUCAGCAGAGCGGUUACGCAAGCGACUGUGUUGGUGCGGCAGUGGGGACUGUUGGCGGCACCGGCGGAUUUCCGAUGGGAGCGCCGAGUCUGCCAGCUCGUCCCGUAUCGAUCCUGUCAAGCGGGUCUCUAAGAGGGUAUAACCGCGCCUUUGCGUCCUCCUCAGGUGGCGCAAGCGGGUACCGCCGCCACGGCGUGUACGACAUGCAGCCGCAUCCGUCAAUGAAGCUUACUGGCGCGCCAAGAAGCUUAAGCCGCAUACGCAUCACCGUUGUGGAUCCAUACGAUCAGACCCGUCACCACUACAACGUGGCCGUGGAGCCGGACUGCCCGGUCGGCAUUCUCCGCAGGUGGAUGCUGAAGAAGGAAGAGAACCCGAUGCGGUGGGCAGUGUGCUGUGGCAAGGAAAUGCUCCGUUGGACGGACAGACUGAGUUUUUAUGAAGCCACUGGUGGCCGCAAUGAUUGUGUCUUCUCGUUCUUCCCCAGAGAGCCUACGAGACCGUCCCCUCCUGCUGCCGCAGUUGGCUGA